GCCUGACCACAGGUCGCUAGUGCGUGGAGGACAGCCAGCCAAGGCUCGCUCUGCACCACCACCCGCACAGAGGUGGCUCCGAAACAGACGGUGGCCAAUGAAUACGAGCGUUCCAAAAGAACGAAAAUAAUAAAAUAAUGAAAAAUAAAAAUAAAAAUAAAAAUAAAAAUAAAAAUAAAAAUAGCCGACUGAAAACCAGAUGGUCGGAUCCCCGGUCUAUGCAACAAAUCAUUGAUAAAAAGCUUUGUCUCGAACACUCCCAGCCAAUCGACCAACCUUUUCUCCUCCCUUUGGCUACCCAUUAUACUUCGUAUUGCCGCCAGCCUCUACCCGCCUCCCAUUGCGUGUUCUGCACCUCCUCCAUUUUUUUUUUCGGUUUAGGAGUUUCUACCCCUUUUCUUUGUCUAUAUAUUCUGUGAAUUGGGUUUCUUUUUUCCUUUUUUCUUUCUUUUGUUUAUAUACCGUGCUGUUACGCCUGUUGUCUCGUCCUUUGCUUAGGAACGUGCCUUCUGGCUUAGAACACUAACACGCUGCAAAUAGAAGCCCACUACACCAAACAAGGGUUCUUUUUCUUCUGCAUAGAUUUGCUCUUCAUCAUUCUUUGCUCGUCGAUUUAUUCUAUUUCUUCUGCACUCUGCCUGGCCCCUCGGUCGAACAUUCAAUAACAAACGAAUUCCACCUCGCACCAUCCUACUCCUCGCUGUUAGCUGUCCUCCCGUCACCCAAGCCACAUUACACUUGUUCCUCGUUACGCCUUGAUAUCAAUACUGUAUCACCGCCAACAUGAGAUUGACUUUGCUUGCCCAAAGUUUGGGCAUGGCAGCCGCCUUGGCUCCCAAAGACCUUGAUCCCGAGAGCCAAAAGUCCAUUAGAAACGUUGCUGCCACUAUUGCCCAUGGCACCAUGAGCUAUUACAAUGGCAACGCAACUUCCAACGCAGUUGAUGUCGGCAAUGUUCAAAAACCCUACUACUGGUGGGUAGCAGGUGGUCUUUGGGGUGUCAUGCUUGAUUACUACAGAUACACCAAAGAUCCCAGCUACAACGAUGCUUUGCUACAAGCUCUUCUAGCCAAGGUCAAUCUGGGCCCCGAGAACAAUUACAUGCCCCCUGAGCACGCUCUUGAAGAAGGCAACGAUGACUUGUUCUUCUGGGGCUCAGCUGUCCUGUCUGCUGCCGAACACAACUUUCCUCAGCCACAAGGCAACCUACCUUCCUGGCUAGACAUGGCCAAGAACGUCUUCGACCAACUGCAGAGUCGUUGGGAUACCAAGCACUGCGGUGGUGGCAUCUUCUGGCAGAUCCGGGCCGACAACCCCAACGGCUUGACAUACAAGAACAGCAUUAGCAACGGAGGAUACUUUCAGCUCGCCGCCCGUCUGGCGAGAGCUACGGGUGAUGAUAAGUAUCUUCAGACGGCACAAGAAGUCUGGGAUUGGAUGUGGAAGCUCAAUUGGAUUGACAACAGAAACUACCAUAUCUAUGAUGGCGCGGGUAUCGACAGUGAUUGCACAAAGACUAACCCACAGUCGUAUACGUAUACCCAUGGCAUCAUCAUGUACGGUGCUGCAAUCUUGGCUGAGCAUACCGGCAAGUCUGAAUGGGCUGAUCGAACAGAGAAGCUUCUGGACGGUGCAUCGUGGUUCUUUUGGAAUCAGGACUCUGGUGGUCAGAAGGGCGUCUUGUACGAGGCCAGUUGCGAAGCCGUGGACAGGUGCUGGUUAGCCAAUGCCGAUAUGACUACUUUCAAGGGCUUCUUUUCCCAGUUCAUGUGGAAGACGGCUAUUCUACUACCCAACCUUCGCGACAAGGUUGAGCAGUACAUGCUUCCUACUACAAAGGCAGCCUCUCAGUCCUGCACCGGUGGCUCAACCGGAACAGCUUGUGGUGAGCGAUGGUAUACGGAAAAGUUUGAAGGCAAGACUGGUCUCGGUCCUCAGAUGUGCGCUCUGGCCACUAUCCAGGGUCUUCUCGCGGACGAAAAUGACAAACCAUUCAAGGCUAGCGAUAUCAAACGUAACAGCGAUGCCACCUUCAAAGCAAUGGACCCCAACCGCCCGGACCCCGUCACUUCGUCUGCCGCGCCUCCUCCGCCAUCCACAACGUCCACUCCACCACCUCCCCCUCCGUCAACGACAGAGGCACCCCCCUCGACGACAUCCAGCACGGAAUCAACCACGACCUCUGCCGAGCCAAGCACUUCUUCUUCGACAUCAGAAUCAUCGUCAGUUGAUAUCCCGCCGACCACUUCUUCCACACCCUCUUCUAGCACAUUCGCCACCACCACUUCUUCUGAACUACUACUAAGCUCUACUACAACCAACAGUAAUGACGAAACCAGUACGUUACCAACGCCAACAGACCCCAGCACAAGCACAACAGACACACCCUGUCCAAAUGAACCCUCCGAAUCUGCCCCUUCCAACACCAUCAAAACCAGUGCCCCCGCCACCACUUCCGACGACACUUCUUCCGACUGCCCAUCCGAGUCCACCGUUCCCGACACGAGUUCACUAUCACCAUCACCCACUACCCUUUGUUUUGCCACUUCACUUCGUAUCAAUUCCACCACUGCACCCAUCUCUGUUUCGCCCUGCUCUGUUUCCACAGCGUAUACGCGACCUAAUCUAACCACUUAUACAGAGGCGCCUCCUCCUCCAGCCUCGUCGGCACCCUCGCGCCCCCCCGAGGCCGCGGCCGGUAUUGCUCUGACUACCAACAUCUGGACGCUGACCACCGUCAGCUUCGGAACUAUCAUUGCAAUCUGGAGCUUGGCUUAACCGUCGUAUAAGCACACUCCCGUUAUGAAAUACGUGAUAAAAGUAAAGAAAUACAGGGGCCGGAAGCGAUCUCGGCACACCUGAUGAUGUUCUUACGCUCCAUGAAGUUAACGAAUUUCCUUUUUUUUGGUUUUUAUUUUCUUUCUUGAAAAGACGUUAGAUUUGGAAUAUCUUUUCUCUAUGUAAAUAGCUGUAUCAAUUCGCACGCGUAGGACAUACCAUGUCCAAAAUGCCUGCUUCUACAACAAGACUCAAUACAUAUUAUACGUAUGGUAUCUCUUUACUUAUUAUUGAAGGUUUUAUAUCUAUGUGCGUAUUUUAUGUGCGUAUUAAGCAGCUCUUACUGUUGCAAGCAUGCUCUUGAUGGACUCCAAGAAGCGAGUUACCUCAGCUUCAGUGCCAACAGUGAUUCGAAGGCAUCCAAGACAUCCAUGCUCCUUUCCACGGAAGCGAACAACUACUCCCUUGUUCUCAGCGAGUCCCCCGUACACAGCGAGGGCUGUAGUGUUAUCGGGUUCGCCUUGGGCAUUUAACAUCUCAAAUAGCAAAAAGUUGCUUUCCUUACCACCACGAAGGCGGCCAACUCCCUCAAUCUUGGGCAGCUCAGCAAUGAGGCGGUCUCGCUGCGCCUGGAUCAAGUCGCGGUUUGCGUGCAUAACUGCGAGUCCCUUUUCGCCAACAGCAGUAGAAGCAAGUGCGCUGGUAGGGCUGGAGAUGUUGUAUGGGGCUUUGAGAUUGUUCAAGAGACGGGCAAUUGGGGCUGCUGUGAAGGCAGCGCCCAGACGGAUUCCUGCCAUACCAAAGGCCUUUGAUAAUGUCUGCAUAACCACGAGGUUAGGGUACUCAGUGACAAGCUCAGCAAGCGAGUCGUUUGGUGAAGGGGCAAAAUCGAUGUAUGCUUCGUCGACGACAACAACGCCAUUCCAGGUAGGGUGAGCGAGCACCUUUUCAAUAUCUGAUUUGGCCAAGAGCGAGCCGGUUGGGUUGCCAGGCGAGCAGAAGUACGCCAACUUAAUAUUGGCACUCUCGGGUCCAGAGAGCGUGGCGUUGAUAGCUUCGACAUCGAGAGCAAAGUCGGGGGCGGGCAGCAGAGGCACCUUGACAAUGGCGACAUCGUUUACUUGGGCUGACACAGAGUACAUGCCGUAUGUAGGCGGGCAGGUCAGAAUGCUAUCUUUGCCAGGAAUGCAGAAGCAUCGCAGAAGGGCAUCAAUGGCCUCGUCUGAGCCGACACCUACAAAGAGGUUCUCAGGUGUCAGGGUCUUUUGUGUGUGAGCGUGGGUGGUACGCAGGUUGCAGAGCAGCUGCUUUAGAGGUUCUUGGUGAGGGUCGGGGUAGCGGUUGAGACCGAGGAAGUCAUCGGUAGGGAGGUCAGCAGGGAGCGAAGGGCCGUAUGCGUUUUCGUUGGCGUCAAGCAGGACAUUUUUGCCGUCGUCUUUGUAGUCA